AUGAUGUGCGUCUGUAUCCCAAAAAAAAAACUAAUGGAUUGGCGCGUGUACUAUAUAUAUUCAUAUGUCGUGUGUUUGUAUAUGUGUGGGAGUGAUUGUGCGUGUAUAUGUGUGUUGGCGUGUGUGGUACAAUGUGUGUGUUUUAAUGUAGAAAUGAGGUUGUAG